AUGUCUGAACUACCUUUGAGCAAUGUCACCAAUGCCAGCAAUGUCACCAAUGUCAGCAAUGUCACCAAUGUCAGCAAUGUCACCAAUGUCAGCAAUGUCACCAAUGUCAGCAAUGUCACCAAUGUCAGCAAUGUCACCAAUGUCAGCAAUGCCUUAGUGAAUAAGAUCCAUUUCUCCCUUGCUAAUAUUUCUGGUUAUAUCAUUCACUAUUUCAACCGGGAAGUAUCCGUCCACUCCACCGAACCUGUCCACUCCUACAAUAAGAAAGUACUUGAUGUGUCGAGAGCCGCUAUUAAUCCUAACAGUGCAACCUUGGAUGAAGUUAUCCCUGAUGUUCAGUGUGCUAUAAUUUCUGCUUACAAUGCUUCUAUAGGUGACACUCCACAUUAUGUGUUGUAUGGUGCAGAUAAGCGCUUACCAUAUGAACUGUUAUAUUCUAAUCUGAAACCAAAUUACAAUCCUGAUGAAUUCAUAGCUACUCGUACCAGUUUAGCUCAAGGAAGGAGUGCAGUGCACUGGGCGGCUCUGCAGGGUCAGGUUGGCUCCCUGCAAGCCUUGAAGGACACUAACUGUGAUAUUCACGCUACAGUUGAUGGUAAAUCUAAUGCGCUUCACUUUGCUGCAGCUUCUGGCGAAAUAGAAGCUGUGGAGUGGCUGGUUCAAGCCGGAGUAAAUAAGAACCAGAGAGAUAAGAGUAAUAAAACACCGAGUGAUAUAGCAAAGACAAAAGGAGAGAAGAAAAUUUACGCAUUCUUAAAAGAUAAGAAUAACACAAAUGAUGUCAAACACAGGAGCAGUGUCAGCAAGAAAGGCAUCGACAUUGAUAAACUUGAGGAGCAACUGAGCCGUCUGGAAACUGAAAAGGACAUACAAGCAGAAGACAUUAACAAGAAAAACUCUGAAAUUACCAGACUACAAGAUGAGCUACACCGUCUACAGUACGAGAAGGCUGAGGUUGAGGCAGCGUUGUCGUGUUACAACACACUAGACAACAAUCUCGGUGACUCGCAACACCAACUUCAGAUUAUCACACAUCAAAAUAAGGAAUACAGGAAGAUGUUGAACCAGCAGCAGAUUAAAGAAGCGGAACUACUGCAGAAAAACAUCACUAACAAGCAGACGAUUGAAGCCAUGGACAAGGAAGUUCAACGUCUCACACAAGAACUUAGGAACAGUGAAGUCAAAGUUCAGCGUCUCACACAAGAACUAAAGAACUCCCUAGACAAUGCUCAGCGUCUCACAGAUGAAAUGAGGAUCAGUGAAGCCAAAGUUGUUCAAGGUCAGAAAAUGGACAGUUCAGCGGCCAGCAAAGUCACAGCACUGAAGAAAGAAGUAGAUUACUUGACCUAUAUAUUGAAUGAAACUGGCAGCUUAGCGAUCAAUACUCAGGAGUUCCAGCAACAGAAAAUAUCAGAUUUAACCAAACAAAAUGAAGCUAAUAAAAAAGUGAUCGCAGAUUUGCUAGUGAAGCUGCGAGAGUCUGAGAAGAAUGUCAUCAGCCAGAGCCAUCUUAAAGAUAAAGAAAAAUAUUUUGCACAAGAAAAGACAAACGACCAGCUUACCAUCAGCACUCUGAGAGCAGAAUUGGAUCGCUUAUAUGAGAAGCAACAAAGGCAGCAGCAAGCGGAGGCUACAUUUAAGGAGCAGGAGGGUCUUGUGAGACAGCUUCUGGAGCAGGACGUUUCUAAUAUGAAGACCAUUAAUGAUCUUAAGCAACAGCUGACUCACAUGGCCGAGAUACUCAGUGAAAACAGCCAGAAAACUUCUCUAAAUCAAAAUCUACAUCAGAGAACGUAAUGAAAUUAUGGAAACAAGAACAGAUGAAAA